AUGACGGCGGUGUCGUCGGUCGCCGUAACGAAGGAUCCCAGCGCUGAACGACACUCACAGGCUGAGGAGGGUGCUCACGGGAACCUUGAGAUGGGAGAUUUGCAGCAGAGGCUGCACGUCACCCGGUCUCGGUAUCAGCAGGCGCGAGAGGGGAAUGCACGAUUAUGGGCAAUUCUUUCUGACAUCAAUCUAGAGGAGAAGUUGCUUAUGGAGAGGUCGAAUGAGCGGAACAGUGGCGGCCUCAGUGGGCAUCGCUUUGAAUUUUCAAAUGCCCUUCAGGAUCUCAUCAGUAGCUUCAAGGAGGUUACGCGUGCGGCCUCGGCGGUGGAGGAGCCUUCUGUUUAUAGAUGA